AUGAAAGAAUUAUCAUUAGAAAACGAACUAGAAGUUUUUUAUGAGUACAUUACAUCUAUAGAACAUUUGUUAAUAAAUUUCAGUAAUUAUAUUAAACGAAGAAAGACAAUUAAAAAAAUUAUAGAAAAAAAUGAAUUAUUAAAUAAUUUUGUUCUGAAAUAUAUAAAUAAAAACGUACCUACUAAAUUAUCCCUUCAUAUGAAAUGUGUGAAAAAUAAAAAAUUUUAUGAGUAUCUUUUUUUAUGUUCUUUUUAUCAUAUAAUUAUAAAUUAUAUAAUAUAUGACCCACUAUUUAAUCUACAAAGAAAGUUGGAAUAUAAAAAUGAAGAAAAUAACACAAUGAACAAUAUAAAAAAUGAAAAUGAUAGAAAUUUUGAAAAGUAUCAAUCGGACAAUAAAAAAACUAGAGUAGAAAAAGAAAGUAAUGCUAAAAAUGAAACUUAUUUGAUAAAUAUGAAAAAUAAUAAUGAAUCUGAUUUAUCAUACAAUAUGCAUAUAGUUUUUGAUAUAUUAAAAAGAAAAGAAAAAGAAGAAUUUUCAAGUAAGAUAUUUGAUAUGAUAGAAAAGCAAAAUAUAAAAUUUCAAAAAUUAAAUGAUGAGUAUUUUAUUCUAAGUUCUACCUAUGAACAAAUUUGUGAUAUCAUCUUCUCAUUUGGGAUAUUAUGUUAUAUAUAUGGUUUUUAUAAAUUUUUUAAGAUAGAAAGCGUUAAAAUUAGAAAAAAUAAAAAUUGUACAUAUAAUUUAUUUAGCUGGAUUUAUGAUAUAAAAUUUAAUGUUUUACAAAGUGUAAAGUUAAAUUCAAUUAAUGAAAAUAGUAAUCUUAAAGAAAAUGAAAGUGAUAAAAUUUAUGUAUGUGAAAAGUUUUUUCAAGAAUUUACAAGAGAAAUAAAAAACAUUAAUAAGGAUGAAAAAGAGAGCUCAAAUACAAAUGUAAAUUGUAAAAAUACUAGCAAUAAUAACAUAAAUAAUAAUAAUAAUAAUAAUUAUAGUAAUAAUAAAACAUAUAAAGAAAAUUUUUACUGUAAAAUGAAUGAUAGUAGAAAGAAUCAUGUAUCAUCAAUUAAUAACUCAUAUAAAAAUAAUUUAAAUAAUAUUAAUGAUUUAAAUUAUAUGAAUUAUUCAAGUAAUCCAUGUAAUAACAAUUAUUUAAAUAAAGAAAUUAUUAUAGAUACUAAUUCUAAUAUGAGUAAUACUUAUAAGGAAAAAAAUAAAAUAAAUAACUCAUAUGAAGAUAUGAAACAUUUUUAUUGCUCAAAGAAUUUAAAUUUUUCACCAAAGGAAAAGAAAAAAAAAGAAUUUUGUCAUGAAGAAAAAGAUGAGAAAGAUAAAUAUAAAAAUAAAAAUUUACAUAUUAACAAUGAAAAAUAUGAUAACUACUUGAAUACUUAUAAUAUUAGUAAGAAUGAUAGUUUGGUUAAAGGUGGAAAUAUGUAUAUAGAUUUUGAAUUUUAUAGUUAUAUGAUUUUAAAAAGAAAAGAAAUUGAAGAAAUAUUUUUAUCAUAUGAAGAACAAGAAAACCCCUCAAUGAAAAGCUAUAUAAACACGUUUAAUGACAAUAUUAUAGAUAACAAGGAGAAUAAUAUAAGAAAUGAAAAAGAAAUAUAUAAUAUAAAUUCUAGUUAUGAAUAUAAAGAAAAUAUUAGUGUUACAUAUAAUGAAAAAAAAUUUAAGAAUGUCAAUGUUGAGUGUACAGAUGAUUUACAACCAUGCAUUAUUAGUAGUUAUAAUUAUGUUGAUGCUAAUAAAAAAAAGGGAGAGAAAAAAAAAUAUGAAUAUAUAAAAAUGCAUCUAGAAAAUUUACACGAAAAAAUGAAAAAUAUAAGAACUUCAAGAGUAUACAUUUGGAUAUAUUUAUAUGUAAAUUAUGUGUUUGAAUUUUUAUUUAAUAACAGUAAAAAAAAUUAUAAAAAAAUAAAUAAUUUUAACUUGUGUUUUGAUGAGGGACAAUAUGAAAAUAACAUUGAUAAUAUAAACUGCAAUACUUCGAACAAUUAUUGUAAUAAUAUAACUAGAAAUAAUGAAAAUAGUAUUAAAAAAAAAAAAAUAAUUUUGUUCAAUUUAUCAGGGCUUAUUGAAUUUAUUAAUAAAAAAAGUAAUUUAGAAAAAAAACAUGUUACAGCUAAUUUAAAAAGUUAUAUUGAUAAUGAAUUAUUUAAAGCUAUCAAAGAAAUUGAUCCUGAAGAUUUUAUGAUUGAUGAAAGGAAAAAUAAAAGUGAUAUUGAACAUGAUGAAUAUCAUAAAAUACGAUUUUAUGAAAAUAUUGAACAAGAAAAAGUAUGCUACGAAGAUGGUAACAAUGUAAAUAGAAAUAAACAUACGGAUGAAAUAUUAAUUUUUGAUAAUAAUAUAAAUUAUACUGAAGUAAAAGUUGAUGAUCAUAUACAUAAUAAUAAGAGCAUAGAAAAACUUGAUAAUACAGAUGAUUUCUUUGUGAAAAAAAGUAAAUAUAACUUUGUAAAUAUUAAAAUAAAUAUAUUUGUAAAUGAUUAUAUAUAUAUGUUUGUAUCUUAUAUUAUUUUAAAUGCUAUUAAAUUAUCAAUUUUGUUAAUAGAAAAAUAUAAUCUAACUAUACCUAACAAAUAUAUGGAUUUAAGUUGUUAUAUUUAUAUUUGUCAAAAGAACAAAUCGAACUCCAAUAUUUUAUUUUUUAUAAAUAAAUAUAAUAUUCAUCGCUAUGUAUUUUCGAAUGAUUUAGCUAAUAAAGAUAUUAAGGAAAAUUAUUGUAUUUAUAAAAACAUUGAAUGUCAUAAUAUAAAUAACAAAUAUAAUGAUGUUAGUUUUAUAUUUAUGGAAGACAUAAUAUCAUUUAAGCAUAUAAAAGAAAAUAGUGACUAUAAAACGUAUUAUGAUGGCUAUUCAAAUAAUUAUAAAAUUAAAAAUAAUUUCAACAUGGUAAAUCAUUACUUAGAGGAAGAUAAUAAGACCUCUAAUGAAAUAAAGUAUAAUAAUAAUGAUUAUUAUAGAUUUUCAAAUUAUUAUUUGAAUAACUUUAAUAAUUACUAUUUAUAUAAUGAUAAAUUUGAUAAUUGGUAUACUAAUAGUAAAAAUAAAAAUAAUGGUUAUUCUUUUGAUAAAAAAGAAUAUUUUGAUUUUAUUAACAAUGGUUAUUUACCUGAUCAUAUAAAAUCCAAUUAUUUCAAAAAUUGUUCAUCUAAUAAUAGAUAUUCUAAAUAUAAAUAUGUAGAUAAUAAUCUUAUGCAUUUUGAAAAUAUAAAGAAAAAAAAUAUGAAUUCUAUCAAUUUUUUUAAACAUACAAGUGAAGAAAGAAAGGAAAAAACAACGUUUUCAAACCCUGAAGAAAUAAAAAGAAACCACAAAUAUAAUAGUUUUAGUAUUGGUAAUUUUAUAGAAAAAAAUGUACAUAAUGUAAAAUAUCUUUAUGAAAACUUAGACAAUAAUGAAUAUGAAAGAGAUCAUUCAGAUAACAUUAAAAAUAAAAAUUAUAUUGACGUAUAUGACAAAUGUGAAACUUCUUAUGGUGUUAAUAUUACUGAUAAAAAAGAGGAUAUAAAUUAUAAUACUAAUAAAUACAAUAAUAUAGAAAAAAAAACAAAAAAAUCUUUGCAUAGUUUCUAUUAUAAUAGUAAAGAUAAUAUAGAAAGUAAUGAUAUUAACAAUAUUGUGAAUAAUAAUUUCAUUAGUGCAAAAAAUAAUAAGGAAAUAUAUUUUGACAUAAAUAAUAUGAAUCAUAUAAAUUUUUUAAACUAUUAUAUAUACCCUCUUAAAUUAAAUGUUGUAUAUGAUUUAUAUUUAAAUGAUAUUUUAAUGAAUGAAACUAAAACAUCUAAUAUAAUAGAUUAUUGUAAAGGAGACAGAACAUUAGAACUUGAAUUAAUCAAACAAAAAAUAAUGAACGGUAAUAUAAAAUAUGCAAUUAAAUUAAUAAAAAUAUUUAAUUAUGAGCUAUUACUAUUUCCUAAUUUAUUCUUUUACUUAAAUUUUAAAUCAUAUAAUUAUCUUUUAAAUACUUUUGAUAAGAAGUAUAUUAUUUAUUAUUUGUAUGAUAAUCCGAAAUAUUUAAAGAUAUAUUUGAAUUCAUUAAUAAAAAAAAAAAAUUUUGAAUAUUGUUUAAUGGCGUUAUAUUUCUUAUAUCCCUCAUAUAUAUCAUCAGAAGAUUCAGAUUUUAGGACAUUUUGUCAUUUAUAUUUAAAAAGUAAAAAUUUUAAAAAAAUAAAUUGUAACAUAUAUAAUGAUGGUUUUCAAGCUGCCAAUGAAAACGAAUUCAGAGAAACGAAUAAAAAUUAUUCUAUCAAUAAUGAAAAUAAUAACUUAUUUAUUUAUAAUAUAUGUUCAUUUAUAAAGAAUGAAUGUUUUAUCUUAGAUGAUAUAUAUUUUACAUUUAAAAGUGAACUAGAGUUUGAUGAUUUGAGAAAAGUAUAUAAAUUAUCUGAUCUAUGUAAAUAUCUUGAUAUUUUUAUAAAUUUUAAGAAGAUAAAUCUAGAUAUUAUAAAAAAUUCUUUUCAUUAUUUAGUUGAAAUGAAUGGUACUUGUUCUUGUAAAAAACAAUAUAUUUGCAUAAAAGAUUUAGGUUCUUCCUUAAAAGAAGUUGUUAUAAUAGAGACAUAUAAUGAUUUUCUAGAUUUAUAUGAAAAUAUUAGAAAAAAUGAAAAAGUCAUAUUUAUAGAUGCAGAGUGGAAGUGUGCAAUAUUUCGUGAAAAUCCAAUAAUCUCAAUUUUUCAAAUUGCAUUAAAAAAUAAUUGUUUGUCUUAUAUUAUUGAUGUAAAAAAAAUAUCUACUGAAAAUUAUGAGGUUAAUUAUUAUAUUUCUGAGCUUUUCAGAGAUGAAAGCAUUAUAAAAAUUGGUGUUGCAUUUUUAAAUAAUGAUAUAUUGCAUUUUAGAAAAUACUAUGAUAUUCUGAUUAUGUUAAUGCAUGAAAAAUAUAAAAAUAUAUUAAUUGAAGAAGAUACAUUAGAUAAGGAAGAAAACCAGUACAAUAAUUUAUUUAAGCAUAAAAUGAAGAUAAAUAAUGCAAAUAAUUGUGAUGAAUUUUUAAAAAAAAUUAUGGAAAAUAUAUACGAUUAUGGUAGUAAUAACUAUUUUAAUGAUAAUAAAAAUUAUAACUUUAACAAAAACAAUAUCCAUUCUACUGAUAAAAAAAAAAGAAGCCAGAUAGAUAAAAAUUUUAAUUUAAAUGAGGAUAUAAGUUUUAAAAAUAUAUAUCCUGUUAAUUAUUUUUUGAAAAAUAAAAAAAAUAUUGCAUUAAUUAAGAAGCUUUUAACAACUAAAUGUAGUUCUUGUAAUAAAAUAGGUAUAUAUAGUUGUAUGCAUAAAUAUUAUAAUUUAGAAUUUAUAUGUACUAAAUAUUAUGAUGAUCUAAAAAGUUAUUUUCCAUUUCUAAAAAAAAAUAUGAAUUAUUCACUUAAAAUUAUUGGUAAAUCAAUGUUUCCUGAAAAGGAAGUUAAUAAAGAAUGCCAGAUAAUCAACUGGAACUUCAGACCACUUUCUUCAGUUAGUGUUGAGUAUGCUAUUUUAGAUGUUCUAAUUUUGAAAAAUUUUUUUAAUUUAAUUCAAACAAAAUUAUCAUUUAACAUUGAAAAUGCUUUAUAA